AUGCUCCCCCCACCACUACCAACAAGCCGCAGCCUCCCGACGACCGCCCGUCUUCGACGCUACACAUGCCGUCAACCUCAACGCCUAACACCGUCGUCAAGGUUUCGAUUCCUGGCGGAAACGAAGUUUCUAAUACCUGACAAAGCAAAACCACCGCAAAUCCGCCGUGCAUAUCUUGAACUUCAUACUACAACGACUGAUAUCGCAUGUGCCUGUUCCGCCUCCAGUUUUGUUUGCUGGUCUCGCUACGCGCAGUCUCUACGUUGGACGACACUAUUCCCCGCACACUGA